CCAUUAGUGAUCACGACGACAACAGAAACAGCGAAUAACAGAUACCACAGUAAAUCUUGGCUCGAGGUCGCAAUAGCUUGAAGAUUUUUAASAGUAACGAAAACGAGAUCAAUUCUCAGAUAACAACGACAAUCAGAGCACUGCCGUUGCAAUGAUUCUUCGAUCGGUUUCGACAGCUGCUGUUUUGUGCCUUGUGGCCAACUGCAUGUUUUCUCACGGCUUGCCUAUGCAAGUCACAAUCAAUCAGCGGCAAUCGGAAUGUCUGUAUGAAACACUAAAUGAAGGGUGAGCCUGCUACUAUAAUUUUUGAGAUCCAUCGCCACAUGACGUAAAUUGUGUAGGUUGCACCGUACUUUUAAGUUUUCCAUCGUUCUUACGCUUUUAUGAUUUCGCCGUGAAUUCUAUUUUUCUCGGAAUUCAGGGAAGCCGUGACCGCAAGUGUCUUCAUUUUAGCCGGGAGCCAGUUGAUGGCGACCUAUAGUUUGGAAGGUCCGGUCACAGAUCUCAGCACUGAUUCAGGAAUAGCUUUAUAUGAAUCGGCGUUGGCAUUUGAAAGAACUGGUGGCUCGGAGGGUAGCGAACUGCGGAUUUCGGGGGAGGUCGAUUUUGAACAUUUGAACGAUGAAAUCAAUGACGACGAUGACGAUGACGACGACGAUGAUGAAGAAGAAGAAGGAGACGAUGAUGCACCCAUCGACCCAAACGACCCAGAUGCCGCUCGAAAGAAACAGGAACGGCGGGAUCGCCAGAGGCAAAGAUAUCUCGACCUGAAAAAGAAACGAGAAGCAAAAAAGUUCACGCAGCUCCAACAAAUUCGACAGGAUGGGGAACCCGUAACGAUGACACACAAGGCCCCAAGAGAUGGAUGGUAUCGAUUUUGUGUCACCAGUAGUUGGAAUCAGGUACGUAAGCCACGCAAAGUAAUGCAGAAAUAGACGGAGAAGUAUUUGUAAAAAAGUGAUCGAAAGUGUCUAAUUCAUCCGCAUCUUUCACCCCGUCAGGUUAUUGCCGAGAUGGAAAUGAGAAAGGAAAGUGAUUUAGGUGGUCUCAACGAGGAAGGGCACGUAAGAACUUACGAAGAGCAAAAAAUGAUGGAGGAAGACAAAGAACUGGAGGAGGAUACAGCCACCGARGAAGGUAUCAAGGACGAAGACUUCCAGGAAACAAGGCAAAAGGUGAAAGAUCUUCGUCGUUUGCUCAACGAUAUUCAAUCCAUGCAGCAAAAAGAACGUCGUCGUCUCACGGUACAUGCUGAGACUAAUGAACACUCUCACUCAAGUAUGGUUCUCAACUCGUUAAUGGAAACUCUUCUGUUCAUGGCCGUUACGGGGUAUCAAGUUUAUACGAUUCGAAAAUGGUUCAGUGGAGCCCCAGUWCUAGGAAGAUAAUGAUGUAAUAGUUCAUUGUUUAGCUGAACAAAGGGUCGAUCAUCAUAAUUAGUAACGUUUACACUUA